AUGUUUCUUCCGAACAAUCCAGAUAAUCCUGGGGAGAAGGAGUCGAUGGAAAUGAAAGGGCCUCUUUCACUUGUUCGCCGGGCCAUGGUUAAGAUGAUUCCUGUGUUGAUUUCUUUACGAAACAACAGAAAGGUCACAGGAAAAGUGGUAGCAUAUGAUCGGCAUUAUAACUUAUUGGUAAGAGAAGCUAGGGAGUUUGGGACUGCGCGAGGUAGAAAUAAGGGAAGAAAGAAAAGGCAGGGUAGCGAGUUUUCUAGAAAGCUUGGAAAUGUCUUUAUCAGGGGAGACACCGUUAUACUUGUUGCAGUAGGAGCUGAGGCCGAAGAGCCGGAAAAAAAUAGUAUGGAGAAUGACGAGAAGAAAAACACAGAUUUGACACAGGAGGAGUGUCAAACUAAUAGUAAAGUCUAA